GUUUAGAUAUAAACGUGGUAAUGUAAUAUAAAAACCGACAAUUACUCAAGAUUAUAACUCUUAUUACGAAACAAUUGAGAAUGAAAUUAUUACCAAUUCAUUGAAAUGGAGAUCCAUGAUGUUGACGAAAACCUCAACGCUGAACUUGUGAGCUUUUACAGAGGAGAAAAAGAUGGAUUUGUUCAAGUUGGCGACAAAAAAUGGUUCUAUCCCAAAAAGUUUAGAAUCCUCGCAGAUGAAUUAAAAAAUUUUGAAGUCAGAUCUGACGAUAUAUGGAUCACAGGGUAUCCAAGAUCAGGGACUACACUUACUGAGGAACUGUGCUGGUUGAUCAGUCAUAAUUUAGAUUAUGUGAAAGCUAAAAAGAUACCUCUUGGUACGAGAGUGAGGUUUUUUGAAAGUAACAUUGUAAUAAAUGAGACAACUGUUAAGGAGGUUGUGGAUAAGUUUCCUAGUGAAGAAAAGCAAUUUCGAAAUAUGAGAAAUACCUUGAAUGAACUGAAAGAUGCAAAAGAGAGAAGAGUUAUCAAAACACAUUUACCUUUUGAACUUCUUCCACCAGAUGUCAUAAGGAAGGGAUGCAAAAUUAUAUACGUUUGUAGAUACCCAAAAGAUGUGAGUGUGUCCUAUUUUUGCCUGCAAUCAUCUUCCAGGCAUAUAGAUUUUUGUGGUGAUUUUCAAAAGUACUGGUCAUAUUUUCGAAAUGGAAAGUGUAUGUUUGGACCUUACUUUGAACAUGUCAAACAAGGAUUCGAUAGAAUAGGUUCUGAAAAUUUUAUGUUCGUCUUUUAUGAAGACUUCAGGAAGAAUAGAAGAGGAUAUAUAACGAAAUUAUCUGAAUUCCUCGAAAAUCCUUUAAAUGAAAAUGACCUGGACAAACUUGAGAACUACAUAGACUUCGAUAAUUUCCGUAAAACCGCUAAAAUUCAAGUGAAGAAUAAGAACAAUGAGGUAAUGAGUUUCAUCAGAAGAGGUAAAGUUGACGGAUGGAAGGAUUACUUCACAGAGGAAAUGAAUAAGGAGGCUGACCCUUGGAUCCAGAUGAAUACUGAGAGAAUUGGUAUCAGAUUUGCUCAACAGAAAGAAUAGUUUUACUGUAAUAAAAUAAUUUGUAUGUGA